AUGUCAACCGCCAACCAAUCCAACACCAGCCCUUUGCCUUUUCUCCUGACAGGCAUCCCUGUCCUGGAAGCUCUCCACAUGUGGAUUUCCAUCCCGUUCUGCUUUACGUACAUCAUGUCCUUGCUGGGAAAUAGCAUGGUCCUUCUCACUGUGAGGUUGGACAAAAGCCUCCAUGCCCCUAUGUACUAUUUCAUUUCCAUGUUGGCUGUCAUCGACCUCAUCUUUUCAACCGCUGUAGUUCCCAAAAUGCUGGGUGUAUUCUGGUUGGAUUCGAGAGAGAUUGGUUUUGAGGCCUGCUUCACCCAGAUGUUCUUCAUCCACACAUUCACUGCAGUGGAGUCAGGGGUGCUCCUGGCAAUGUCCUUUGACCGCUAUAUAGCCAUCUGCAACCCCCUGAGAUACAACACCAUCCUAACAGGCUCGAGGACCAUCCAGAUAGGACUGCUGUCUCUGGUCAGGGGAGCUGGUGUCAUGACACCAUUAAUGUGUCUCCUCACCAGCUUACCCUACUGCAAAGCCAGAGUCAUCCCUCAUUCCUACUGCGAGCACAUGGCCGUGGUGGAGCUGGCCUGCGCCGACCCAUCCGUCAGCGAUCUCUACAGCCUCGUCGUGGCAACGCUACUGGUGGGGACAGACUCUGUCUUCAUCAGCUUCUCCUACGGUAUGAUCCUGAGGUCUGUGAUGAGGCUGCCAUCCCAAGAGGCUCGUCUCAAGGCCCUCAGGACCUGUGGGUCCCAUGUUUCCAUCAUCCUGCUGUUUUACAUAGGCGGCCUGCUCUCCAUGUACCUGCAGAUGUUCUCUUUCGGCUUGGCACCUCACGUCCAAGUCCUGGUGGCUGAUUUCUAUUUGACGGUCCCUCCCAUGCUCAACCCCCUCAUUUAUGGCAUAAAGAUGAAGCAGAUCCAGGAAGGGAUCUUCAAACUGCUGGGGCAUUUGGCAGGACUCAGUAUCUCACAAGCCAAUAAAGACAGGUCAGAUGCUGGGAGAUGGAGGCACCGCCAGAAAACAGUUUAUCCCAUCCUAGAAUAG